AUGAGUUACCUCAGAUCGUUCUUUGAUUCGUUCGGCUCUCUCUUGUCCGGUACCGACGACGGUCGGCCGUCGUCGGGGGAGUCAUCCCGCAAUUCGGAGGAACCGGCCAUGGAUGUCGUCGAACGGGGACCCUCGGCAGUGGUGAGUGAGAGGGCUGUGCAGAAACUGAAGGGGUACUUCGAGCUCGCUAAGGAGGAAAUCGACAAGGCUGUGCGGGCCGAGGAGUGGGGACUGGCUGAAGAUGCCAUCGCGUACUACAAGAAUGCCAACCGCAUCCUGAUUGAGGCCAAGUCUACCAGAGUUCCUUAUGCAAUUCCCUCUAGGUAAUCUACCGGUCGUGCGCGGGACAGGAUUUCAGAAUUUCCAUCGUGAUUCUUUUUUCUUGUUGGAUUAAGCCUAUGUAUCAGCAGAAAUUUCAAUCAUCUCUCUAUUACAGUUUUCACUAGGAUUUUAAUUCCGGAGUAAUUUGAAUUUUCUUCAAGUGCCACGAUCCAUAAUACAUUGAGACUAUCUCUAAUGCAGUUGUGUAUAAAUAUUCUGUAUUACAUGUCACUCGAAAUUUUUAUUGUUAAUUUUUCGGAAAUUUUAUAUUAUUUUUGUAUGCACGACAUACUAUUUUCGUUAACAUAGUGGCAGGCGUCAGGUUUCAUCCCGUAAAAAUAUGGCAAUUGGGCCCGGUAUCGUAUCAUCAACUUUUUAAAGUAUGCCUCACAUUUUUUUGAAUAAAUUUUCCAACUUUUUGGAAAUAAUUUCGUCCCAUUCAUACAUAUUUCUCUAGAAGGAAAUAAGGGAUGAGGAAAUGGCUUGUCCAGAAGGAUUACAAUUUUGGAUACAAUUAGGUUCUUUGAAAUAGCAGUUUGCUAGGUAUUGUAUAGUCUGUAAAACUGAACCUUCAAAAAUUUAAUGUCAUCUUCAAUCUGUUUUUAACAGUGAGCAGGAGAAAGUGAAAUCUUACCAUCAAAAGAUAUCAAAAUGGUUAGGACAAGUAUCCGACAGAUUACAAGUGUUGGAUCAACGAGGUGCAUGGAUGAACAGUAUUAAGUUUAUUGUGGAUUGAUGCAUUGUCAAACGAAACUGAUAUAUGUAUGUUUUUUUUUUUGUCAGUUGGGACAUCAUUGAAGAAGGUAUCCCUUAUUCAAAAAAGUUAUUGGUGUAUUUGCAUUAUUUCUGUGUUUAGAUUUUAUUUCACUUGUAGUAUUUUGAUGCCAAAGCUUCAGUUUCCUGUCGUUGAUAACUCAUGUUUCGAAUUUCUCUUGAUCACUGGAGUUGUGGUUAUUGUAUAUUUCUUAUAUACCUUUUUUUUUUCUUUAAAACAUGAAGAUUUUCCUUAAAUAUGAAGCGGAUUUUUUUAUGGCCUAUGAUAUACUUCUCGACUGUACAAACUAUCGUUUCAAGAUCUGAUCAUUUUCUCAACGAUACUUACUGUCUGUGCUGUACUUUGAUGCCUUUUCUGUAGUGUAUAAGCGCCAUUGAUUUAGUAAGCUUGGUAUGGUGCUGUACUGGAACGUAGAAAAAUUCCAUUACGUUAUAAAAGUAAAAGAGAGAAAAAAAUUCAGGUGCAACUCAAUCUACUCUCUGUGCCCGGAUGUGCUAGUUUGAACUGGAACUGAUAGAGAAAUCUAUAGUCGUUUUCAUUCAUCAAGGUUUUAUCAAUAUUUUGUCCUGAUACAUUCCACCAAGGUAUACGUUCAUUCCAUUCAACUUGAGCUGGCUCAUAAAACAAAACCCUAUUUUUAUUGCCUCUAUUGAAGUUACUGGCAUGCGCUACAUGCUUCUUGCUUUCCUGUUGCUACUCCUUUUUCUCACCCUUUUUCAUCUUCCCUCUUUUUGUUCCUCGCCAGUGCUUUCCGCCAUUGCCUUUUCUGACCUCUGGAUUCCCACGCAACUUGCAUGUAGCGCAAAUUAUGGGUUGAAUCACGCACCUUGCAUGAAUUGGACUUGUUCUUAUUGGUCGAAUUCGUAUUUUGCUUUUCUGAAGUUGGACUCCUUCAGCCUAAAUCAUCCUCCCAUGCCCUGAACCAUCUAAUUUAGCUGCUUACAUUACUGCCGGAUCAUCAUUAGUCGUGGUUAUGAUAGAUAUCAAAACUCUAUAGGUUUCAAUGGAUUUUCUCUGCAUCGAAUGGUCUGGUGUCUUGUGCGGCGGAUUUUGAAGAUACUAGAUCUACCAUCAACCCAAGAAUUCCUCAUCGCUGCAUUUAUGCAGAAGAAUAUGGAGGAUGUCAGAAAUUAUAGUGCCUACCUAAUAGUUUUCAAGGUGAUUUCAGAAAGAUUGACUCGUUUGGCGAGCAAAGCUAUCAAUAAUAGCCAGGUGUCAUUUUUAACAGAUGUCCUUAAUAAGGUAUUUUUAAGGAAGAGGAUGUGGUGCUUGGUUAAUGAAAAAGGUACAUGGUGGAAAUUGUGAAAGCAAAUAUGAAAAGAAUCGUGGCAGAUGGUGUUUCAAAUCUUCUCUCCGGCCUUUGUUAUCCCUGUAAUAAAGAUGAACGACCAUUAUCGCUGAUUUGAUUGAGAGCUUUAUUAAACCUUAAGUUGGAUAUGGAAUAUAGCUGAGAUUUUGGGAGGACAAAUGACAGUUCGACAGUAGGUAUGUUUCCUACUUCCUAGGGCAUAUGACAUCAUUAUUGGUUAGGCCUUUUUUUUUAAUAUGAAAGGCUACCAUGAAAACUUUCAUUUGUGUUUCACUUCGUGGUGAACUAUGUUGUCAUUAACAUCUUGGCAAUUUGAAUCGGAUAAUUAGUUCUAUGAUACUUUCAAGUUCAUCUACGUGGUUUCAAAGUCCUCAAUUCUAAGUUAACUUGACACUUAUAUCUGCUGUUAUUCACUUGUAAUUUCUGUAUGUAAGUAUAUCUAUUGGUAUAUUCUUGGUACAGAUGAUGCAGUUAGAUCAACAGAUAGGGCCUUCGAUAUGGAUAUGUUUUUUCACUAAUUCUAACACAUGCCCUUUACUUUCAUCAUUCGAUCGUGUGGUAACUUUUAGCUUAUUAAACUUUUACUCAUGAAAUAAUUACGGUAAUUUAUGUUGUUACCCUUCUGGAUCGGCUUAUGCAUGUCUUCUGCAGAUUGAUUCAGCUUCCCCUCGGACCCGAAUCACGUCUCCAAAAGCUUCUGAUUCUCGAAAAGUUGUGUCAGAGAGUUCCCUUUCUGCAAGAAGCAGUUCGACACCACAAAAGCAGUUAAUUUCAGCUGGAAACUCGAAAUCUAGUCAAGAAGAUUUAAAAAAUUAUGAUGCCAAAUUGGUUGAAAUAAUAAAUACUUCCAUUGUAGAUAGAAGCCCUGCUGUUAGAUGGGAUGAUGUUGGUAAGAAAAAUGAUCUCGUCAUCGUGUUAUGUCUAAGGAACUGUUGCAUGAACUUUUUUGGAUUUGUCCUUAUGUAGCUGGCCUUGAGAAAGCGAAGCAAUCUCUUUUGGAAAUGGUUAUCCUACCUACUAAGAGAAGAGAUCUAUUCAGAGGUCUCAGACGCCCUGCUAGAGGUGACUGUUUAGAUGCCUAGUGUCUUUCUGGAUUAUUUUCUUGCGGAUCAAGCUCAUCUUAACUUCUGCCCUAAAAUUUUGUCUUAAGUUCAGGGUUGCUUUUAUUCGGGCCUCCUGGUAAUGGGAAGACGAUGCUUGCAAAGGCCGUUGCAUCAGAGUCAGAGGCAACAUUCUUUAAUGUUUCUGCCUCUUCCUUGACAUCAAAAUGGGUAGGUCUCAAAAUUCCAAGCAUGUGACUUUGAAAGUGUGUGCUCUUCUUCUUUCUUGUUUAUCUUGAUCAAACAACCCAGCAUGUUGUACUAUCUGGUGCAGGUGGGAGAAGCCGAAAAGCUUGUUAAGACACUUUUCAUGAUUGCUGUUUCUAGACAACCAUCUGUAAUUUUCAUGGAUGAGGUUCCCACUUUUCUAUGCCGAUUUCUAGGCUUGUUGUGUCCUGUUCACUUUUAAUACAGUUUAUUUCGAGCCACAUGACAUUGCCCGAUCAUGAAGCACCAUCCAUUUUAGAAGCGCCUCCAGUUUUUUAAUAGUUUUCUUCGGUUCAUAUCCUGGUUGGAUUUGCAAAAGUAUAAUGCUUCAUUUCAUAUUUGAUUGAAGGCAUAAAAAUUCCGAUGCUCUAACAAAUACCUUAGAUAUGCUAUUCUAUUAGCUUCUAUUCUCAUUUCAUUGCAGUUCUGGCAAAUAUCAAUUGAGCCUAAAUUUGGUUCCCAGUUUUCACAAUUUGGCUUGUCUAAUUGUGGUUUUCGUUCCCCUUUUUGGUGCACCUAAGAUAGAGGCGGCAUGCCAAGGAACUACACAGUUUCUUUUUUUAUUUUUAUAAUAUAUUCGAUGGUAUUGUCAAACGAGUUAUAUUUUCAUCUAUUCAGUUAUGAAUUUUUUUCCUUGACUUUUUUCUGAGGUAUGGUUACAGGAAUGGCCUAGUGAUUUGGGUCAUCUAAUUAGGGUUGACUUCUUCGUUCCAUAUCUUCUUUCCAUGGGGGAAAUUCAAUCCUUGAGACGGCGUUUAAAAUAAAAAAUGUAAAAUAUCCGUUUAUCUGCGGAAACCUUCCCCAGAAUUUGCUGACUUUCCCUAUCCAAGGCCAAUUUAGAUUUGAUUUGCCUUCACCAAUCAUUGGUAGCCUAUAGCUGGGAAAGAGAUGGGUUAAACAAAAUUACAGAGUUAAACAAAAAAAUUGCACAGGUAAUUGGGUGUAUGAUUGAGAGAUCAUGCGUAAAAAGGAGGGUCAAAAGGGAAUGGGAUUACAGAGUACCAUUGCCUUUGUAAUGCCAGGUAAGAAAAAAAAGAAAAAAAGGAAGGGAUGUUAAUGAAUACACGCUGUCUUGUUUCUUGGUAAAGGAGUGAUACAAUGGAAAAUAAUUAGAAAAUCCUGGUUGACUCUGGGAAUGGUAGGUAGGAUGUAAUUUUAUUUUAUUUUGGUGGAGAGGUGCGUGUUGUCGCUGUGGGACUCAUUUCAGCACAAGAGAUGCCAGCACUUCUCAAGUUAUCUAGAGCAUUUCUUCCUAAAGCAGAUUCAAGUUAUCUAGUUUCUUAAAAAACUGAAAAAAAAAAAAAAACGAUUGCAGCUCACUUUUUUCAGCCCGACCCUGCUGUAAAAUAUAAUCUGGCUUAACGUUUAGAAAUAAAUAUUUCACUUUAUAUCCUUGAAACAUCCAGCACUAAGAUGGGCUAUCCUCAGAGUCUCAAAAAGAUGUAGCUUUCAUUUCUUUUCUCUGGCUGUGCCAGGGAUCGUCUAAUAUCUAGUACUAAUCCAUUCAUUCAGUUCAAAACAUGGAAACGGAGAAAUGUUCUGCUGUGUUAAAUCUGAUAUAUGCAGUGUUUAUCGUAUUUCAGGAGAAAUAACUUUGAUCUUCGAGUUAUUUCUCGUUGACUGUGGGGAAAACGUGUAAUUAGUAGUUAGUUUUUGUUGGUCUAUUUCCUAGUUGAGAACAGUUUCUUAGUUUGUCGGUUUCCUUUACCAAGGUAGUUUCUUUUUUUUUUUAUGAUAUGAAGAGUAGAAGAGAUGUUUCUCGACUUUUAAACCUUGUAUUGUUUGUGUCAUUGGCACUGCUUCAAUUUAAAUUAUGAAAAAAAAUCUUGAUUUUUUUAUGUUACUCAUGCAUACAUAUUAUUUUUUUAUUUUUCAUUUUAUCAUUUCAACAGAUUGAUAGCAUAAUGUCCACAAGGUUAGCUAGCGAAAAUGAUUCGAGCAGAAGACUGAAAUCAGAGUUUCUUGUCCAGUUCGAUGGAGUUGCUUCAAAUCCUAAUGAUCUAGUAAUUGUCAUUGGUAAUUUUCUUUGGUGACAUUAAAAUCGAUGUUGCUUUAUGAUGUUACAUAACUGUGAUGUUUUGUUAAGUUUAACCAGCAAUAGUUUUCUAUAGAGAAUCAUAGUUUAUACUGAACUCCUUUUGAUAUGACACAAACCAUGACUAAUCAUCUAAAAACUUAUUAGUGAUGAGCAUAGAAAACAGAGAGUGAACGGCAUAUCGUUAAAUUUACAUAAAUGUGCCCGACCAAGGAAGCUCUGGACUAAGUGACAUGAUUAAAGUGACAAGUAAAUGCGUAGAAUGUGCUUAGAGCAGACCCAUCGUGAAUCACUUUGUUGACCAGAUAUAACAGGGAAUAAGGAAGAUGUAAUAAAUUAAAUCCUGCAUUUCCUACAGAUCAAACUUCAGUAGGGAACAGCGAUGAAGCGAAAUAUAGUGGAAAGCAGGCUAAACAGUAUAGUGAAAGAAACAGGUAGUUGGAACGCCACUUUGUAUCGAAUUCCUAGUCGUGUUUCAAAUGUUUAAGCAUUUAAACGCCUGAACAGUCACUUAACGGACUUGAGUCAUACUGGGGAACCCCAAAUAAAUAUUUUCACCUAUGCUUUGAAUCAUGCAUUCUUUGGGGCUUUUUAAAGAGGUGAUCAUGUAGAUAGUAGUCUGAUGGUAUCUGGUUUCUAAUUCUCUCAACUGCUUAAUUGUGGGACUUUCAUAACUUAAUUAUUUAAGGUAUCAGUCUAAUAUAUACUGGAAUAUCAUUAAUCUGUUACUGUUUGAAUUUGAAAUCUUGCUACUGUUGGGAAGACAUCUUUUGGGUCUCUUUGGAGGGUUUCGGUUUUUGAACUAUUUCAUCAGGCAACUUAAUGUUAUAGAUUCGUUUGGGUGAGCCGGCAGUUUAUAUGACACCUACAAUCUUAAUCGCCCACUUCCUUAUUACUUGCCUUUUUAGCAUUGAGGUCGCUGACAUUCGGGAGCUGAUUCGAUGACAAUUAUCUUUAAAUUCGUAAAAUUUGUUUAUUCGCUGACAGAUAGGUACAUCCAUACAGGUGCAACUAAUAAGCCUCAAGAACUGGAUGAUGCUGUUAUACGGAGACUGGUGAGCAUUUGCUGCAUAUAUCUGCAUAUUUCUAUGCUAUGCCUAUCUUUUGGAACUAUAGUUUACAGUUCGCCUACACUAUACGUGAAAGUUCGAUAAAAAUGCCGCAUCGAGCAACAGAGCCAGGCCACAGAAAAAUAAGAAUACAUCAUUUUUAAUUUGAUUUGAUCUAUCCGUUUCUAAGCUCCAGAGAAAACUUGGUAUUGAUUUGUUCAUUUUCUUUUGUAAAUGUCUUCUAUAAUUCUAAAUUAUGCUCUUUAUCAUAAAUUUUUUGCCGAACUUUUGUUUUCAAUGGAAAAUGAAAAUGCUGUUUGGCUUCUAUAUUAUUCUAAAUCAGGUGAAAUAUUUUUAGGUCAAAAGAAUAUAUGUACCUUUUCCUGAUGAAAAAGUAAGGACGGUUCUUCUCAAAAACCAACUCAAAGGUCGAGAUUUCUCAUUACCUGGUACGCCUUUUAUGAGAACACAUGCUUAAAGGUUUAUUGUUCUACUGUUUCAAACUUUCUACUUUAUAAACCAUGUAGAUAUCGGCGCUUUCAAUUACCUCUUAGAAAGCUAGAAAUAUUUGUAAAAAAUGGGCUCGGCCCAUUCUUUCUUGUAGUGUAUUCUAAUGGUGUAACAUGUUGUCUGCUUCUGUGCAGGUAACGAUUUGCAAAGACUUGUAAGGGAAACAGAGGGUAAUAUACGUGAUAAAAAAUGAUUUCUUAUGCCUUACAUACUCAUUGUGUCUGACAUCUGAGCACCCCCUUCCCUCUCUCAUCUGUUAGGGUAUUCUGGAAGUGAUUUACAAGCCUUGUGUGAAGAAGCUGCAAUGAUGCCUCUGAGGGAGCUUGGCCAACAAAUUCUCACCGUUAAAGCCAAUCAGGUUCGCCAUUACAUCAUCUGUCUUUUUAUAGGUAUUUUGUGAGGGAGAAAUGAAGAUAAGCCUCGCGUUUAGAUGAUUGAUUGAUGAUCGCUUAUAUAUGAUCGACAACCUUUUAGACUGUCCACUCUUUGCAAACAUGUAACUUUUGGUAAUAAUGCCUUAGUAAAACCAAAGUUCCCCGGACUCAGCUGCUGUGCAACAACUCAUUCAGGCUUGUGGCUGCCCUAGAGGAAGAUAAAUAUAGGUUUAAUCGGUAGCGAUAUAGUUACCCAUCAGCUGAUAACUGCGCAACACGAUAUCCUAUUUUUCUUGCGUCGCCAGACAAAUUAGUUAGCAGUAUUCAUCCUGCACUACCGCAGAACAUUACUUUACAGUUGAUCUGGAUCGAGUUAUCAUGAUAUCUGACCAUAUUAGGCGCCAUUCUAUAGAUAGCCCUGUCAACUUUGGGAAAUGAAAGUGUUCGUCGACAUUACCUUCCCCUCUGCUGGGUUUAUCCUUUGGUCAUUCUCUUUGUCUGUUAAUCGGCGGCGUUGACUGAAGAAAUUUACUUUUUAAGUAGUUUAAUGGGGCACAACGGGCUAAUAAAUAUGGUAUUUCCUGAUGACAGGUGAGAGCAUUGAAAUAUCAGGAUUUUGAGAAAGCAAUGGCCGUCAUCAGACCGAGUUACCAGAAGAGCAAGUGGGAAGAACUCGAGAAAUGGAACAAGGAUUUUGGCUCCAAUUAG